AUUGGCUAAGAAAUUGCGCAUGCGCCAAGACCGCGAUGGCAUCCGUAGCUGGGAGAAGCGUGGUGUUUGUCACCGGCAACGCUAAAAAGCUGGAGGAGGUGAUUCAGAUCCUAGGUGACUCCUUUCCAUACAGACUGGUUGCAAAAAAAGUAGACCUGCCUGAGUACCAAGGGGAACCCGAUGACAUUUCUAUCCAGAAGUGCCAGGAAGCAGCUAAGCAGGUUCAGGGACCAGUUAUAGUAGAAGACACCUGUUUGUGUUUCACAGCUCUUGGAGGACUCCCGGGGCCGUAUAUAAAAUGGUUCCUGGAGAAGCUAAAACCAGAAGGUCUGUACAAACUAUUAGCUGGAUUUGAAGAUAAGUCUGCAUAUGCUCUCUGUACCUUUGCCUUCAGCACCGGAAAUCCAGAAGACCCAGUGAAGCUCUUCAAAGGCCAGACCCAUGGACUUAUAGUUGAUCCGAGAGGGCCCAGAGACUUUGGAUGGGAUCCAUGCUUCCAGCCAGAGGGUUAUGAUCAGACGUAUGCUGAAUUGCCCAAAUCUGUGAAGAACUCAAUCUCUCAUCGUUACAAAGCCUUGAAGGAGCUGUCUACCUAUUUUAUUCAACAGAAUAACUCAACGGAGGUCACAUCCAGUUAGCCUGACUGGAUCUAUGGAAAAUUAUGGAUGUUGAACAGAAAACUAUAAUUGAAUCAGAUCAACAUUUUCCUGUCUGCACAGAUCAUGUCCAAUAAAGCUACUUUCUUUAAAGACA